UAAUUCAAAUAACCCAACUGCCAUGGAGGCUAACAGUACCAUUCUCCCAGUCAGCCAUCUGUCUGUUCCACUUCGUGCGCUUCAUGGCACGACGGUCAUAAUCGCCGACAUCUUAGGUAUCAUCGGGAAUCUUCUUGUUAUCAUAUCCAUUGCCAAGACGCCUGAGCUCCACACUUCCCAUAACGCCUUCGUGCUCAACCUCAGUAUGUCGGACCUCCUGCUGUCCGUCUUCACUGUCCCCUUUUACGUCCUAGCCAUCCUUGCCGAGGGCUGGCCUCUCAGUUCCAAGGUGUGUCGGUUCAAAGCCAAAUUCUCCCUAAUUCUCUGGGAGGUGUCUUUACUUACCUUGGCCGCCGUUGCCACCAACCGUUAUUUCCUUGUGGCCAAGUCCUCUGGAACUUACAGCCGCUUCUGCAGCCGCAAACAGAUAAUCUUUGCUGUGCUCGUCUUCUGGCUGGAAAGUCUGCUGGUGGCGUUGUUCUCGGAGUUCGCCAUUGAGGUGGAUAUCCAGUACUUGCCAGCUUUCUCAUGCUGCGUUUUCAAUCCGUUGGACCCCACCACUUACUACUUCGUUAUGGUGUUUAUCUGCAUCUUUGUGGUGUCUGUGUUGAUCAUUGUCCCCGUGCAGUAUUUUCGUGUACUGCUAGUGAUCCGGGCCAGUGGACGACGCGUCGGCCGGGCCGUAUCGACGGGACCCUGUACGAACGAUCAACAUCAACUCUCUUGCCAAAAUAGACCCAAUGCCUCCGGCAUCACUAAAGAUGAAAUCAGACUCCUCAAAAUGUUCGUACUUCUUUCGUUUUUCCAUGUUAUCUCAUACAUUCCCAUAUCCAUCGUCUACUUGUUCGGCGUAACUUCCCCCAUGCUCUUCCAAGGAGCACGCUUCGGAAUGUUCAUACUGUCCACAACAGUGGCUAUCAACCCGAUUCUCUAUGCGUGGAUGAACCAAAAAAUAAGACAUGCCUGCUGUCGACUGUUGAAAAGCAAGAAACGGGUUUUUAAUCUGACGCUGGGAAGGCAGAUGGAACAGGCACAGUACUGGUUAACUAACUCCUGUCAGGAUUUUUGUCGUCGGACCAACGACUGAGACCUGCGCUUCACAGACGUGAAGGACUUCCAUCUUAUUCAUUCCUAAGUUCACAGAUGUACAGAGUGACUUACACUCACCAUCCUUGAAUCGAAACUAGUCAAUGUUUAAUUCUUCUGAAAGCCCCUUCGUAAAACACCAUCGAGAAGUUGCACGGAAGCGCGACAUUGAGGACGCCAGGCGGACUCUGUGCAUUAGGCCCUAUUGAUACGGCCUUUACGGCAAACUCGGUACCUUAACCCUAACAGUCCCAAAUCCUCCUAUUUCAAUACGAUUUUACAUACACCCUGGGGGUUAGGUUUUAAUGAACAUCAAGGUCUCUGAACGAACAACCGCAUAACUCCGUCAUGUGGAGCACUCUAAACGCUGCGGCUCGGACAUUAGUAGCGUCCAUUCCCCUGAGUCAGUCUUAAACGCACGUUUAAGACCGGCCAAGCACAUAUCUAUUCCCUUAUCAACGGAUCCUACUCACUGGUGCAUGCAUGUAAUGUCUUGUAAACUUUAAAAGCAGACUCAAACAAAAUGUCGUAAAUGUUAAUUACGGGUUUUGCUAGUACCUGACGUAUAUUCAUAAACACUGUAUACAUGUACUCGGUGCUUGGCUGACAGCUCGCCAAAAAAUUCACGAGCUUACCUCUUGCUCAUUAGUGCAGACGUCUUAACCACUCCGAGUCAGACGAGGGUCCGAGUCAGACCAUGGUGGAAGAAACACAUAGCAGCGGGUACUGCAAAGUAUUUCAAAAUGCACUUUACGCUGGGGAGAUGUUAAUUUUAAGCUUGUAAAGUCUAUCACAAGCUCUUAGACAAGCACAGAGUGUUACAUACAGUGUUUAUGAAUCUACGUUUGGUACGGGCAAAACCCGUAACUGAAAAACUUACAUCUCGUCUUGAAAUGUCGUAAAUUCAGGUAUUGUGAAAGUUAUGGUAAAAAAAACAGUUUAGUGGAAAAUCACAUCAUUUCAAUUUGAUGUAAAUGUAUUUAAUUGUAUAAACACACUUUACCAAUACAAGUCUACGGGCUUCUUGUUAGUUAUUGUUUAAUAAAGGCUCCUCUUUGGCAGUAUA